ACCGGCACACCGGCUUCAUGUCUGCCUCCAUGCGUCUCAUGUUGUGAGUCGGAGCGCUCAGGGAGUAGUGCUGAACGUUGAGUUACUCGGUUUGCCGUUUGAGUUGGGAAAAACGUGACCAUCUCAACAUACAAUUAAUAUCUGAUUGGCAGUUCUGUUAAAGGGAAAUCGAAUGGCUUCUGAAGAUAUUGCCCAGCUUACAGAGGCGCUGGCCAAAACUCAUGUUGGAGAAGAGCUAAGCUACAAAGGUCAGGGGCUAAAGCUGGAUGAUGAGCAAUCAGUGGAAAAGAUAGUCAGAGAGAUUGACCAGUUCAGGGGUCUAAGGGCAUUGAGACUGGAAGGAAAUACUAUUGGGGUUGAAGCAGCACAUGCCAUAGCAAAAGCUCUUGAGACCCACAAUGAACUUGAGUGCUGUCACUGGAGUGACAUGUUUACGGGUCGCCUUCGUUCUGAAAUCCCUCCUGCCUUGAAAUCUCUGGGAAGUGCAUUAAUAACCUCAGGUGCCAGGCUUACUGAGCUGGACUUGAGUGACAAUGCUUUUGGUCCAGAUGGUGUAAAGGGCAUUGAAACCCUCCUGAAGAGCCCUGUGUGCCAUACACUAAAAGAACUCAGGCUCAACAACUGUGGCAUGGGCAUUGGAGGGGGAAUUAUCCUGGCUUCUGCAUUGACUGAGUGCUAUAAACAGUCAAGUGCUAUGGGCUCACCACUGAAGCUGAAGGUUUUCAUAGCUGGACGUAAUCGCCUGGAAAACGAUGGCGCCACUGCUCUAGCCCGUGCAUUUCAGAUGAUUGGUAGUCUUGAGGAGGUCCACAUGCCACAGAAUGGGAUCAAUCAUCCUGGCAUCACAGCUUUGGCCACCGCAAUGCAACACAAUCCCAAUCUUCGUGUUCUAAACCUCAAUGACAAUACUUUCACCAAGAGAGGAGCGGUUGCCAUGGCUCAGGCCCUUAAGCACCUACGCAGCAUUCAGGUUGUUAAUUUUGGUGACUGUCUGGUACGUACUGAAGGCGCCAUUGCUAUAGCGGCAGCCCUAAGAGAAGGAUUGACUGUUAUUAAGGAGCUAAAUCUGUCUUUUGGGGAAAUUACUGAAGCUGCAGCGUUGGUACUUGCAAGGGCAUUAAAGGACAAACCUGAUUUGAAGAAGUUAGACCUCAAUGGAAACUGCCUGGGGGAGGAUGGCUGUGAAGCUCUCAAAGAGGCUAUGGAAAGUGUGGACAAGUCAGAUGUGCUUGGUUCACUCAGUGAUGAUGAAGGAGAACCAGAUGAAGAAGAGGAGGAGGAUGAUGAAGAUAGUGGUGCAGAGGAUGAGGAUGAUGAGGAGGAGGAGGAGGAGGAGGAGGAAGAGCACAACUGUGUUAAUGGGACUAAGGAAAAUGGAAAAGAUAAGGGAAGCCCAGCAAAGACAAACCUCUGCAGUCCCGACCUCAUAUCCUUCUUUCAUUCACCAACAUCAGAGAAAUUGUUCAACCUUGGAGCCAAGAGAACUCAGCUUAUUGAGCAGCAGCUUGAUUUUUCAGAUGCUGCCAAAAUUGCAGAUUUUUUCCUUCAGAUCUGUUCAGUGUAUGAAGAAGAGGUGGAGGUGAAGCAAGUCGUUUUAGAAACUGCUGAUACUCUGUUGAGGAAAGGCUUUUCCAGUCCUCACUUUCAGACUUACCUUUUUAUCUCCUCACUGAUGGUGAACAUGGGGCUUUUAAAGGGUGAAAAGAAAACGAAGAAGAUGGGUGUUUUGCCUGGUCACCUCAUUGUUUUGAAUCACUGUGUUGGACAGGACUACUUUCCUGUGGACCAGGCUGAUGUUCUGCUGAUCUUUUUGUCCCGAAAUGGCAAAGUCCUGGAGUCUUGUUCCAAGGCAAGAGAUUACCUUAAAACCACACUGGAGAAGAAGAUUGCUGCUUAAUACUCUGUGCUGUCACUGGAAACACCAAAUAUGGGUCAAAGACAUCGGCCAGAUCCUGAAAUGCUUAAUUGGAAAGGAUAUUUCAAUCUAUAAUUGUCAGUGGUUAACUUACCAUUCAGUUAACUCUUACUGGGAUUUUUUUGGAGAGCUGUAAUGAAAAGGACCUUAAGUUCUGACAUGUAUAUUAGUGCCUCUUAAGUACCAGACAGAUUGAAGGUAAAAAAAUAGCCUGGGAAUAGUCUUUUGUACUUUACAACUCUUUCAUACAUAUUUUCAGUAUGGCAUAAAAGCUAUUUUCUUUACCUCUUCUUAAGUCUGAUUCAUAUGGCUACAACCCUUGAAACUAUAACAUAUCAAAAUUAAGUAAAUUGAAAGAAUUGUUCUGCUAUAUUAUCAGUAAUAGUUGAAUGACACAACAAAACUGCCUUUAAAGCUUUAUUUGGGAAAGCUUCAGUUUGCCCAUGCACACAAGUGUAUGCCAUUUGUUUCAUGCCAGACUAAAUCUGUUUAAAUUCGAAAUAUUUGUGGAGCAAAAUUAAAAUGCAUGCAGGGUCAAGGGACCGAUAGCCUUUAACUGCUGUAAUCUUAUUAAUGUCAUAACGUGUCAGUCCUUUUUUUUAUACAAAAAUAUUAUAAAACAAAAAAAAAUGGUUGUGAUUAUUAAUGACGUGUUGGAUUUUAGCUUCUGAACUUGAACUACUGGCUGAUAGAAAAUGCUGUGUAGCACAAAGAGAACAUUGAUAUAUUUGACAAGAAAUGUCAAAAUAAGAUAAGUAUGAAGUAGAUUAUUUUUUUAGUGUUUUUUUCAUAGUUGAACUGUUCAGGGAACAGCUGGUAAAAGGGAACAUGAUAAAAUGUAGUAUGUGCUCUCAACUGUACAGUUGUGUUCAGUGCAUUCCAUUGUAUUUGAAAUAAAGUGAUUAUUUUUGUGAAA